UUUGCCCGAGGUUGUCGCCAUUCACGUCGAUUUUCGCAUAUUUAACGCAUUUUUACGCCAUAAACAAUGUGUUUUUUAUAAACAAUCUCAAUCUUCUUACCCUUGCACCAUACUCGGUUAAUUUCCUUAUUAACAUUCGCUCUGGAAACCUCAAACUGAUGCAGACCUGCCAAGUAGAAUCUCCAUUAUUAAGUGACAUUAGUGUGUGGUGCAUUUUAACAAAUAUUAACUGAUAAUAAAAUAUUGAUAAGGACAGUUCGAUUGGUUGUAAAACGGCACGUGGAAAUAAUGUUCAUGUUAACCGGCAUCUUUAGGGCCAAAAUGGCCAAUUUACUGUUGCUCCUGUUGUUGGUGGAAUACUGUUUGUUUUUGAGUGCUAAAGGGGAUUUUGAGAAUAGUUGGACGAUGUAUAUGGAACAACCCUGUUGCUCUGGGAGUCAGAAUCAUCACGUCAGACACCAUAGAGAUCAUGUACGAGAGUUUUCUUGCGGCACCAUGUACUAUCGGACCUUCCACAUGGACGUCAAGCGGGACGCCUUAUACGUCGGAGCUAUGGAUCGAAUAUAUCGACUUAACUUGAGCAACAUCAACCAAUCGAGCUGCGAGAGAGACGCCCUUGCCCUGGAACCAACCAACGUGGUCAACUGCGUAUCCAAAGGAAAAUCCGAGCAUUUUGACUGCAGAAAUCACAUAAGGGUCAUUCAGUCCAUGGGCAAUGGAGAUCGGCUCUACGUUUGUGGGACCAAUGCACACAAUCCGAAAGAUUGGGUUAUUAAUGCAAAUCUGACCCAUUUAAGCCGCAACGUUUUUGUGCAUGGCAUCGGUAUGGGCAUUGCCAAAUGUCCCUACGACCCCACCGAUAAUUCGACAGCUGUCUGGGUGGAAAAUGGCAACCCUGGGGACCUUCCAGGACUAUAUUCAGGGACCAAUGCCGAAUUUACAAAAGCCGACACCGUUAUCUUCCGUACGGACCUGCAUAAUUUAACCACCGGCAAGAAGGAGUUCAGCUUCAAGAGAACUUUAAAAUACGACUCCAAGUGGCUCGACAAACCGAACUUCGUGGGUUCCUUCGACAUCGGCGACUCGGUGCUGUUCUUCUUCAGAGAAACCGCCGUCGAGUACAUCAAUUGCGGCAAAAGCGUCUACAGUAGGGUGGCCCGCGUUUGUAAACGCGACACUGGUGGCAAAAACAUCCUGACGCAAAACUGGGUUACGUACCUUAAGGCCAGACUGAACUGCUCCAUUCCCGGAGAAUUCCCGUUUUAUUUUAAUGAAAUACAAAGCAUCUAUCGAGUACCAGGCGACAACAACAAAUUCUACGGAACCUUCACCACUUCCACCAACGGUCUGAUGGGUUCCGCCAUCUGCUCCUUUACUUUGGAGGAUAUCCAGGCAGCCUUCAAUGGAAAAUUCAAGGAACAAGCAACAUCUUCUUCCGCCUGGCUACCGGUGCUGAGCGGACGUGUGCCAGAACCACGUCCAGGUACCUGCGUGAAUAACACGGAAACCCUUCCAGAUACUGUGUUAAACUUCAUCAGAUCUCACCCCCUAAUGGACUCGGCAAUAAUGCACGAGCACGAGAAACCGGUUUACUUUAAAAGGGACGUUUUGUUCACCAGAUUGGUGGUGGAUAAAGUGAGGGUGGAUAUCGGCGGAGCCUAUAUCGAUUAUACCGUUUAUUACGCCGGAACAAGUGACGGUAGGGUGCAUAAGAUCGUGGAAUGGGUGAGCGAGCACCAAGAAGGCUCCUCGUCAAUUCUUCUUGAUAUUUUUGACGUAACACCAGGGGAAUCUAUUCAGAUUAUGGAAAUAUCCAAGGAGCAUAAGGCGCUUUAUGUUGCCUCUGACAAUAGGGUGAAACAGGUGGAUUUGGUCAUGUGCAAUCGUCGCUACGAUAAUUGUUUGAGGUGCGUCCACGAUCCUUACUGCGGGUGGGACAAGGACACCAACGUUUGCAAGCCAUAUUCACCAGGGUUGCUCCAAGACGUAUCAAAUACCACAAUAGACGUGUGCGACAGCAGCGUGGUGAAGAAGAAGAUGAUGGUCACCUGGGGGCAAAGUUUACACUUGGGGUGUUUCCUGAAGAUGCCGGCGGUACUUUCUUCACAAACGAUCACUUGGUACCACUAUUCCAAAGAGAAGGGGCGCUACAAGAUCCAGUACAGACCUGAGAAGUAUAUUGACACCUCGGAGCAUGGAUUGGUGAUAAUCUCGGUAACGGAAGCCGAUUCUGGAAGAUACGAUUGUUGGAUGGGUGCAUCGUUGUUGUGCUCGUUUAAUGUGACAGUCGAUGCUCACCGGUGCUCUCCGCCCAGUAAAGGGAACGACUAUCAGAAGAUUUAUUCAGAUUGGUGUCAUGAGUUUGAGAAGUACAAGUCAGCUAUGAAGGUGUGGGAAAAGAAACAGACGCAAUGUGCCUCGAGACAAAACGCCAGCAGCAACCAAAACAGCCACCCGAACGACAUCUAUCGACCACUCGUGUGAUUGCUCAUAGAGCACGGACCUCUUUCACUCACUUAUUUAGGUAUACCUCUUUAUUGGACUCUCGUUUUAUUUGUGUAAAUACGUUUUUUUUUUACGCGAGAGACUUUUUCCUAGUUUUAUAUUUUAUUUUUAGGUUAGGUUUGUUCUCGUUUUAUCAUCCUACCCCAUUAUAUGAGACUUAUAGGUUACGGUUUAUAGGAAACACGUGCUUAACUAUAGUAUAUCCUAGUUUUCGAUUGGGUUUUUAUUUAGCAGGUUGGAUCAGGUGAAAAAAUGUGAUUAAAGUAAACAAGUCCGGAGGUACAUGAUUUCUGUGCGAAAAAAUGUCCUUUCUAAAUUUUAAGUGUGAGAGAGAGCAUGGAAAUAAUUAAUCCUUCUUAAUUAAGUUUUUAAUAGAAUAAUUGACUUUUUUCUAAAGGUCUAAAAGACACACCUUAACUCAAACAAACCUUCUUGGACAAAAGUGAGGUUUCAAGAGUCCUCAAAGUGCAUUUUUUCACCUCUUUCACCCCCAAACAACCUUCCUCCUCCUCCUCAAAUUUCAAUUUUGCAUUUUGAAUAUGUAGGUCUGUGAUAUACAUGUAUUGUGUGCGGUGAAGUGAAACAUUUAACAAACAAAAAAAAACUAUUUUAUUUUACUAAUCUCGGCAUUGAAUGGAUGUUAAUUAAUUAAUUAAAAAAAAAAUAAAAAAUUCGACGCUUUUUUGACGUAACGUGUAUUUUAAUUAAUUAAAGUAGGACCAAGGCGGGCGUGGCAGUUUUUAUUAAAUAAAAUUUAUUGUAAAUUUGGUGCGUAUUUAAAGCAAUACUUCUUAUUCAUUCAUUUUUUUCUUCUCUCGGUUCUGUUCUUAAACUUUAUCAAAAUCAUUGGUUUAGUGGUUUUGGUAAAGCAUCCUUUUCUUUUACGUGGUGUUUUGUAAAGGACAAUCAUACAGGUCUUUUAUUUUAUUAUAUAUAUAUAUUUUUCUUGUGUGAGCAUUUUUACAUAAAAUUAUAUUUUUUUUGUUAAAAAUUAAUAUGUAAAAAUGACCACUGAUUGUAGUUGAAUAUGAGGCUUUAGGAAACGUUUAUUUUGGAGGGUGAGGCAAUGCAAGGUUUUCACCUAGAGUAAGGGAAGAAAAGCAUCGAAAGGUGUUUAAUCAAGAAACAGUUAAUUUGAAAAUAAUUUCUUUAUGAAUAUUUUCCAAAAAACAAAGUAUAAGGGUCAUAUAUUUAAUUAUUAUAGGGUCAGACAUGUUCUUACAGAUCGAUGAUGGUCACGAAUUGUCAAACAAAAGAAAAUUGUGUAUUUUUUUUAAUCGAUUUUGCAAAUGUUAAUGUCAAAGGUUUACAAAUUUAAUUUAAUUAAGGUCAAAUAUAAUUUAUAUCAAAGUAAUUUUGAAUAAAAAAUCCUUUGGGAUUCAGAAUUUCACGAGUAAUUAAAGAGAAUUUGAAAAUUUACCCGUUUUCUUUAAAUUAUCUCAAAAACAAACUAUUAGGCUUUUAGGAACAAAUACAAGAAAGAAUUAUUGAAUAAGUAUUUUUUAGGUAUUUUUAUCAUUCAAGGGUCAUGAAAAUUAAGGAAAAUUUGAGAUCUGAUUGUGGGGAAACUAAUGAUCCAAUCCUCAAAAUUCAAAUGGAAUUUUCAUACCCUGGAUCUUCUGAAUCCAAUGAGAGUAUCGGGAAAGUUGUACCUCUUAUAGUUCCCGAGAUAAUGAUGAGUAAGAGAGAUCCAAUAAUUAUUUAAAUUUCGAAUAUUUCGAAGUCCUAAAGUUUUACUUAGAUUCCAACAAACUUUUGAAUUCUUGUGUUCUAUAAGAUUAAGUUUUGACGUAAAAAAAUUUUUUUUUUAAAUUACUAAGGCCUAUAAAAAUUACAUAAAUCGAUGCGGAACAGAAAUUGUCAAAGUGUAUGUCAUUUUUCUUAUUUUUUUAAUUACUUUGCAAAAAUUGAGGUCAAAAGCUAACAAAUUUAAUUUUAAUGGGGUCAGUUAUUAAAACCAGGCAUUUUGAAACAAAUAUUCAUUAGUAUAAUUAAUUUUACAGGUUGAUAUUUAGUUAUUCCACGAACAUUCAUAUUCCACGAAUAUGUAUACAAUUUUUUUUAAAAUCAGCCUUUUUCUUCAAAUUUUCUAAAAAACAAAACGAUAGAAGAAAUAUAAAAACAAAAAAAUUCACAUAUUUUUCUUAUACAAUAUGUGAAAUUUUUUUGGAUUUCCUAGAAAAUUUGAACAUAUAAGAAUUGUUUAAAAAAUCCCUUUCUUUUUUAAUUUUUGUUAAAAUGAUCUUUAAGUCACAAUGAACACUUCUAAAGUUGUAGGGUCAAAGGUUGACAAAUUUAAUUUUUAUAGGCUCAAAGAUCAUUCUAUAAACUGAUAGAGGUCAGGAGUUUUUCAACAAAAAUUCGUUCUUACAGAAGUUUUAAAAUAAUAAUUUUUUUAUUUUCUCAAAAACAGGUUCCAAAAUUAAUUAUUUUCUUUUUUUUUUCUAAUAAGUAUCGAAUUGAAAUUCAGAUGUUUGAAUUGUUCUAAAAUCAUGUAAAAAAGGAGAAAAAUGUCUAUUUUCUAAAAAAAAAUUAGAGUUAGUUGCAUCAUAAAAAUUAGACAAGUAAGAAAAAGUUUCAUUUAAAUUUUCCAGGCAAGGCAAUUUUUCUAAUUAAUAUUAUGGGGUCAUAUUGGGCAAAUUGAUUAUGGCCACGAACUUUCAAUUGAAAAUCUUCAAAAGAAAUUCUGUUUUUUUUUUUCAAAAAGUAUGAUUAGCGAAUUCAAAGCAUUUAAUUUAUUUGGAUUUUUUAAAAACGAGGAUUAUAAAAAUUAUAUUUUUUGCAUUUUCCUGGAUGAAAGCUUCUAGGCAAAUUAGUAAUAAUUGUUCUAACUACUAUGGGGGUCAUAUUACAUUUUACAGGUCGUUGAAAACCAUGAAUUAAUUUUUAUAAAUCGUUAUAAAAUAUGGAAAAAAUUGGAUUUUUUAAAAGCAAACUCUAUGGCUUAUACAUCAAUAAAAAAAACACAUUUUAUUAAAAAAAUUUAACAAGGUCCAAGACUUUUAAAUAAUUGUGUUUUAAUAUUAUAUCGUGAAUUAAGACUAGGGUCAGGAAUAUACAGUAUGGUGACUUUAACUGGAAUAAUUUCAGUUAAAACUAAUCAAAAUUUAUCUCGCAAAAUUCCUGAGACUCGUCGAUUUAACAAGAUAGUUUUUGUAUUUUUUCACCUACAGGGGGGUUCCAAAUUAACCCCAACUGUUUUUUUUUUCAAAUGGAAAGCCACUUUUUUAAAACUCUCAUUGAAAAGAGCCCUUCUUCUUGAUUAAAUUGCCCUAUUUACUUUUGUGAUUAUCUAAAGGAGAAAUACGAAAAAAAAUAAAAACAAUUAAAUUAUUAAAAGUGGCGUUUAAUGUAUAAGAUGCUCAAAAUGAGCUACAUUUACUUGUUGGCAAAGCCCAAGACAAUAAUAAAAUUCGUUUUUGACAUUUUCUAACACCUAUGAAGAUAUUUGUUGGAUUUCUUGCCUAAUACGUUCUUUGAGUUCGUCUAGCUUUUCUGGUUUGCUUAUAUAAAUUUGACUUUUCAAAUGUCCCCACAGAAAAAAUCAAGUGGGGUUGGAUCGGGAAAACGUGCCGGCCACUCGAUUGCACCCCUUCUACCAAUCCAUCUGUUUGGAAAAUUGUCAUCUAAAUACUGGCGUACAUUACGGGCAUAAUGUGGGGGAGCACCAUCUUGUUGCAUCCAGAUUCUUUCAUCAUACAUACCUGGAUCGAACUGACUCGGAUAUAAGGCACGUAAGACUGGAACUAGUUCAUGUUCAAGAAAUUCUAGACAUUUUUCCCCAGUUGAAGAAUAUGGGCCCUUUAACUUGUAUGCCAGCCCAAACAUUAGUUUUCUGGGGAUAUUGUGUACUAGUUUCCCUUACCCAGUGUGGGUUCUUGUCAGACCAAUAGCGACAGUUCUGCUUAUUAACAUGGCCAUUUAGGGUGAAUGUAGCUUCAUCAGAAAAAAGGAUCCACUCCGAAGAUAUGCGAUUUUCGUCAAUGGCGUUUAUCAUUAAUUCACAGAACUGAACUCUGCGAUCUGGAUCGUCUUUCAAUAACUCUUGAACGGGUUGCAUUUUAUAAGGUCGUUUGUUUGCACUUUUUAAAGUUUUUAGCACAGAUUUAUGAUGAAUAGAGUUUUCGCGAGCUUCAGACUAUUGUUAAAGUGUUUAACAAGCUUCACAUGCGUACCAAAUAUCAAUUUUUUACUCCUUGUCUUUUAAAAGAGCUUUAACAAACAUUAUCUAAUUCAAAAAAUGAAUUUUUUGGAUGCAAUUUGCCUCUAUCAAUAAUUGAAUCAAACUAUUUAAAAAAACUUACGAACCUUUUGAGAGGAACCAAAUAUACUAAGAAAACAAAAACUGUGUAUCAGUAUGUUAUAUGAGACAUACCGGCGCAUCGAAAAGUUUCCACCCCGAAUUUCUCCAAAAUUACGUAAAAAAUCAAAAAAAGCGCGCACUUGUCGCUUUUGAUUUUUGGGGGAUAAAAUAACCUCGCAUUUAUAAAUAUUUAACAUCAACCCUUACGCGGGGGUGAAAGCUACCCAUAAAAUUUUAAAUGGGAACUGAACUCGAGUGAUACCUCAUUAAAUUCAUGUGGUUUAUAAUAGCGAAGUUUUAACUUGCUGUUUUCAGAUUCUGUGAUAUCGCAGCUUGUCAAAAUUUAUAAAAAAAUAUUUUGUUUUAUAAUUAAUUAAUUAUUUAGUCAGUCAUUCUGGCUGUUUUCAUCGAUUUUAGAAGACCUUUGUCUUGAAACAUCCCUCACGUGCCCAACUUCUUGAAAUCUGAUUUCGAUUUUACUAACCGUACCUUGGUUAAUAGGUGGCAAAUCUGGAUAUUUCUGCCUGAAUAAGUGGACAACCUCUAGCAGAGUACGACUUUUGUCAUUAAGAUUUCAAUUUUGUGGGAUUCGGAUAAAUAAGGCAUUUUUUCAAUAUAAGUUAACUUAUUUAACAACUGGUAGAAAUUCACUUUAACAGUGACACUACAACAAUGUCAGGAAAUGUCUCCAAUAAAAUAAACAAACACGCCAAAAAUUUACCAACACAAAAUAUUUCGAGUCUUUUAAUAAUUUAAUGUUUUUUUUUCGUAUAUCUCCUUUAGAUAAUCAUAAAAGUAAAUAGGGCAAUUUAAUCAGGAUAAAGGGCUCUUUUCAAUGAGAGUUUAAGAAAAGUGGCUUUCCAUUCGAACAAAAAAAAUUGGGGUUAAUUUGGACUCCCCCUGUAGGUGAAAAAAUACAAAAACUAUCUUGAAAUGUGAAAAAAAAUAAACAAAAAUCGCCGGGUCUCAGGAAUUUUGCGAGAUAAAAUUUGAUUAGUUUUAACUAAAUUUAUUCCAGUUAAAGUCACCACACUGUAAAGCCAAAAGUCAACAAAAACCAGAAGUACAAUUUUUCUUGUACAAUAUACGAAGUUUUUGAAAUUUUGCGUCUUUAUAUUUGGAAUAUAUGCGUUUAAAAAAGUUGAUUUUCCAUAUUUUAUUUUAUUUUGGGGUUUUUAAUCGACAUUUCGCAAAUCGAUGAGGAUCACGAAUUUCCAAAGUGUAUACGAGUAAAAAGUGUUUUUUUUGUUAAUUACUAAAAUGAGCUCGAAAGUUUAAUGAAUUUAAAAAGAGGUACCUUAUGUUCCAGUCGGAAUUUUUUUUUCAUUUUUAUCGGGCACAAUUAUGAAUUUUCUAAGGAAAAUAAGCGUCAUUUUUUUAAAAGAAUCAUUAUUAAUUUGUUUGGAUUUUUCAGAAAACAAGCUCAUAAAAAAUUAAACCUUUCUACUAAUUUUUUUUAGUGUUUUUUUUUGUAAGACUUGUAUAUAUUUUUUUUCAUUUUUAUGGGGGUCAAAUAAGUCUUUGUAGAUCAAUUAGGGACAAAAAUAUAACUUUUUUUGAAUUUUUCACAAAAAAACCUUAUAAAAAAUAGAGAUAUUUAAGAAUUUAAGAUUUUCUAGGCAAUUCUUAAAAAAAAAUAUUUUUUUAAUUAAUUAUGAGGUCUUUAAUUUAUAUUUUGCUAAUCGAUAAGGGUCACUAAUUUUUACUAUAAAAUGAUGAAAAUAAAAUAAGAAAUUUCUUCAAUUUUCAAUAAAAUGAGCCAGUUCAAGUCACACAGUUUUUCAAAAAUAGCUCAUCAGACCGGAAUUUGUCCAGGAAAUUAAAGAGUGUUAAGAAUUAAUUGUUUUUUUUUCAUUUUCCAGGAAACAAGAUCCAAGACUUGCCAAAUAUUUAAUGUUUUCGAUACUAUAGAUAUAAUAAUAACUUAUUUAUUGAGUUACCUAAUUUUAAUAACUUAUUAAUUAAUAAUAAAUAAACAAUUUGCAGAUUUAAAUUUCUUUAAUUUGGAUUUUAUAGAUAGCCAGUUUAUAGGCAAAAGGGACAUUUAAUAAAUUAGGAUUUUUUUUGAUGCCUUGAAGAAAUGUUUUUUUUUUUUUGUAAUUAUAGGGUUUCGAAUAUACAAUUUACAAAUCGACAAGGGACGUGAAUUUUCAAACUAGGUGCGACAUUUUUCUUAUCAAAAUUAGAUAGAAUGAACAAAUAUAAUUUUUUUUAUUGAUUUUUCAGAAAAUUAAUCAGAAAACAUUGAAACGAAAAAAGUGCUACCCAAUUCAAUUUCAAUAAUGGUAUCUAAAUAAGGUUUUUUGAAUUUUCUUAAAAAAUAGUCAAAUUCAUUAAAUCUGUAUUUUCCCGGCCUAUAAAAAAUUACUUGCAAUAUUUUGGAUACCAAUCUGCAGAUAGCUUAUUAAAAUUGAAAAAAUUUAAAGAAAUAUGUUCAACCAAAAAAAAUUAAUUUCUGAAUAUAAGAACGUUACCGAAACCUCACAGACAAAAAAUUUCAUUACUUUUAUGGGGUCAAAACCAAUUAUACAAAUUGACGGAGGCAACGAAUUUUCAAACAAUUCUCCUCGGCCAAGAAUAGAAAUAAAACUUAAAAUUUUAAAAUUACAUAUUUUAAUUAUGAAAACACAUUACAGAAACACAUAUGUGAAUUCAAAAAAGAAAUAAAUCUGCUACUUUCUGAAAUAAGUGGUGUUGCGUAAACGCAUCAACGGCCUAUAGUGUUAAGUGAUAUUGCCGAAAACAGUCAGCGUGUAAAUAAAUAGUGCAACGCUCACAAAUAUAAAUUUGUUUGACUUCUACAUACACGACAUCUUCUUUGGGAGUCAGUCCUACUGAUUACAUGUCCAGAGUGAUCAACCCUCACUUCACUGGGUGGUUCUAAUGGAACUGGUCUAGCGACAAAGUUCUUUGUUUUUAAUAAGCGUACGGCGAUGAAUUAUUUAAAAUUCAGUUGUGACAUUUUAUUGUGAUUCACCGUGUUGUCGAGUUUCCGGGAAUUGACAAGAGUACAGUCUAUUGUAUUUUUAAAUAGUGGCCACCACCAUGUCUUACCCAUCACACCGAUUCUAUAAUUUGCCACGCCAUUAUCAUGCAAAUCUACUCCUACCAGGUAUUUAUUAUAUUUGAUUGACACUUCUUUUUUCGAUUUUUUAAUAUAUCUUUUAGCAGAAGUAAGAGGUUCUACAUGAUAAUGGGUUCUAAUUGCUAGACUUGUCUAGACACACUUGUGACAGGCAAUUUCAGUUAUUCGGCCGGUGAUGCGAUAACGCAUAAUUUAUGACCUAAUUAGGAAAACCCUGGUUCAACUAGGUCCCGGUUUUCAAUUUUAUAGUGUAGUUUGGAAUGUAAUUAGUGUUAAAAAAAUACAAAACUUUGAAAAUAAAAAUAUUAAAUAGGAGUACAUGAUCCGGCUUUUUAAAAAAUUCGUACAAGAAAGCAAAUUAAAAAAAUGGUUCAAAUUUAAUUCUGUCGCUUUUGUUCAACCUUGCGUCAAUGGUACCAGCCCAUAUUUCAGGCGAAAAAAGCACUAUUUUUUUAUAAAUAAAUCAUUAGUGCAGUGUUGCGUAUACGCGCAUCACUGGCCAUAAAUGGGUUAAUGGGGUUACUAAUACACGCCAUAAAAAAAAUCCUCUUAUAACAGAAAACCUUACAUUGCCCACCCAGUUAACCCAUAUAUUAAUUUCCUAAAUAAUAUAAAAUAGCAUAGUAAGAUUUCCCUAUUGCUCCUUCAAAUGAAUACAAACGUCUUAGACCCUAAACGAAUAUUGAAAUAUUAUUGUUGAAAAGUACUGUUUUUUAAAAUGGCACCCCCUUAGACGGGGGUGCGCCCUAUAGUAUUUUGUAAAUACCUAUGUAAAGUUAUCAUUUUGUAUUUUGUACUAGAAAGUGUACUGUAUUCGAUGAUGAUGAUGAACUUUUGUAAUUUGGGACUAUUAAAGACUUCUUAGCGGGUAUAAUAUUUGUUUAGGCUUUAUUGAGUUUCUUCUUCAAUAUAUAUAUUAUACAUUAUAUACAUAUCUAUGCAAUAAUUUUAAUUUGUACUACAUUUAAGGGUUCUUGUUACGAAUUUAACUGUAGAUCUCCCGUUCCUGCGUAAAUGAGAUGGACGACUAAUUAAGCUUUUUAAUUACUAUUAUUUAUACAUGAAGACAUUUGACUGAUCAAGUUACACGUAUAUAAGUUAAGUGCCUCUCAAUAUGGUGGUUCAGUAUUUUAUUAAUUAGUUUUAGGUUGCUUAUAUUAUGCUUAAUCAUUUUAUUUUGUUUAGUUUACUAAUUUUUUCGGCGGCUACAUGGUUUUUGUACUGAAUUAAAAAACGUUAACGAAAAAAUGUAAAUAAAAAAAACUACAUAAUAUGGUUCAGAAUACCGGUUAGGAAGUAGACUAUGUAAAUUAAACGAUAAAAAUGCUAAAAUAAUAAUAUUAAUAAUAAUAAUAAUAAUAAUUAAUGCUCCCAGAAAUAAUAUUAACAAUAAAUUUACAUGUAAAAAUUA